ACCUGUUACAAGGUCAGAGUUGCAGUUUGACAUUUUGGAUACUGCUCUGGGUUUUUUUUUAUUUCUGCCUCAUGUCCAAAACGUGGCUCCUUCCUCAAUGACGCAGUGAAAAUGGGAGCCCGUUCUGCAGCGGCUCUUGUUCGGAUGUUCUGUUCAGAUUGUGCCGCUGCUUCCGCCGGGUGUCAUCGGUUCAUGUCCGUGAAGGAACCGGAGCGGUGCGUUUAGACGGCGUGUGGAGCUAACUGUUGUAGCCUCCGUAAACAUGAGCUCUGCCCCGAACCACGGCUCCGGCUCCGGCUCCGGGCUGACGGUGGUCGGACACAUGCGCCAGGUGUUCAGCCACGUGAAGGUGGAGAACCUGCUGGCGGGUCUGAGUGGGGGGGUGGUGUCCACACUGGUUCUGCACCCACUGGACCUGGUCAAAAUCAGGUUUGCAGUAAGUGACGGUUUGGAGUUGAGGCCUAAAUACAGCGGGAUCCUCCACUGUAUGAGGAGUGUGUGGCAGCAGGAAGGGCUAAGAGGCCUUUAUCAAGGAGUGACACCUAACGUCUGGGGGGCCGGAGCAUCCUGGGGUCUCUACUUCUUUUUCUACAAUGCAAUCAAAGGGUACACGAAGGAGGGCCGUCAGACUGAGCUGAGUCCUGCAGAGCAUCUGGUGUCUGCAGCCCAAGCAGGUAUCCUCACACUCACCAUAACAAACCCCAUCUGGGUGACCAAGACUCGGCUGGUGCUGCAGUACGACGCCGGUGUUGGCGGUAAACAGUACAAGGGGAUGGUGGACGCUCUGGUCAAGAUCUACCGCCAUGAGGGAGUGGCUGGACUGUACAAGGGUUAUAUUCCUGGUCUGUUUGGUACGUCUCAUGGAGCGCUGCAGUUCAUGGCCUACGAAGAACUCAAGAGAGACUACAACAAAUACAAGAAAGUGCCUUCAGAUGCGAAGCUGAAUCCUUUGGAAUAUAUCACAAUGGCUGCAUUAUCCAAAAUAUUUGCUGUGGCUACGACGUAUCCCUAUCAGGUGGUUCGAGCUCGCCUGCAAGACCAGCACAAUAAAUACAACGGGGUUAUUGAUGUUGUCAGACGGACGUGGAGAAACGAAGGCGCCAUCGGCUUCUACAAAGGCAUCAUCCCCAACUUGAUACGAGUCACUCCCGCCUGCUGCAUCACCUUCGUGGUCUAUGAAAACGUGUCUCGCUUCCUUCUGGGCCAGAGUCGCUGAGGCCUGGACAACAGCAGGGACUGUGCGCACAAUGACACAUGGGUGGCAUUCACAGAUUCACAGAACAAACCGACCCAAACUGGGAUUCAUCAGCAAGUGAAUAAUGAACUCAGCGGACAGUACAUGGAAAUGUGCUCAUGUGAGAGGCAUUCAUUUGCACUAAAAGGAACACGGAGGAGGGGAUUUUCCUAUAAAUACUGUCGGUUAAAACAGUCUGAGUUUGAAGAGACUGAUAUUAAGUCAGUGUUAGCGUUUCAUCUGAUGCUUUGUUUACAUUAUGUUUUUUUUUCUGGCAGCACAAAGAGACAGACGAUUAAAUGUGAGAAGUUUCUUCAUCAACACAAAAAUGUGAGAUGUAAUAUUCUCAGGUUUUGCAUGUGUUUUUUUUCUUUUAAAUUAUUGCCUGUUGAAAAGUAACAGUCGGAAAAUGCCUUUAGUUAAAAUACAGCCACACAUUUAGCCCAAAAUUUGCUGUUUUGACUACUUAAAUUUGAAUUAUUGCAUCAUUUUAUUAUCAGAUUUCAACUAUGCUUUCAUCUGCAUUGUCUCAUCAUGUUCAUUGAAAUCCAUUAAAUAUUUUACUGGACAACCAAA